CUCCUUUCCCGCGCUUUUUUGGCGCUGAGGCAAAUGGAGCCGCCCUCGUUUCUUUCUCCCACGGACGGCGAUGGCGGAUCCCCUCGUUCGGCCCUGGAGCGCCAAUGGCUGCGGGAAGCGCGGGACUUCGUCCGCCGGGCGCUCCUCCCCCGCGGCCCGGCAGCGGAAGAGAAUGACCCCACCGUCCCUACCUGGCCGCGCUUGAACCGCGCGCUUUGCCAGUGCAGAGGCAGCCCAGAACCGCCGCUGGGCUACCGCCUCAUCUCUGUCUCAGAACUUCAGUCCCAGCAACAUCAACCUUGUUGUAGCCAUCUGAGCUGGAGCAGUGAUGAAUUCAGGAAGUGGGCUUGCGACACCAAAGGCCUCUUUCCUGACCAGAGAAUUUUGCAACGAGCGCACUUGAUCCUUGUUGGUUACCUAACAGAUGGGAAGGAUGAAGUCACAGAUGGUAGCUUGUAUGUUCGAGACAACACAGGCACACUGCCCUGUGAGGUCUUACAUUUUGAACUUGAAUGGCUAGAAAAUCUUCUGCUGUUCCCCAGUUGGACGUACAUCCCUCCCAAGAACCCGAGCAGAGCUGGAUACUUGGAGAUCUUAGCAGAUCCUGUUGAAGUAAUGCCUGGUCUGGAGAAGAGGAUCGAUAUCCCGCCUGUCCUUGACUUGGGGCAAGCUGCAAAGCUCCUCAGGGCUCAGUGUAAGAAGGAGGAAGAGCUGAAUGUGGCAGGGGAGCUGUCCAGACUCAGCACAGUCCUCUCCAUCCACCGCAAAGUCUUCUUCUUCCUCUUCUUAAAUAACUUUGGCUCCGAUCCCUACGUUCCAGUCCUGGUGCAGUCUCCCCACUUGGUUUGGCAUCAUGUUCUACAGCUGGGGCACAGGUAUGUGGUGACCGCUCUAAAAAUAUCUUCCCUCAAAGCAUCGGGAUUGAGAGUGUUCGUCACCAGCUCUUCCUCGCACCUUUUACCAUAUUGUCUGGAGAACGUGAUGGAGCCGUUUGAGGACAGUAUUUCUGAGGGAAGUUCAGUUUUGUCUGCUUCGCCGGUCACCAGUACGCUGCUGAGCAGUUCCUUGGAGCUGGGAGAAGAAGGCAAGCCAGUGGUUCCAGUUAAGAAGUCCAAGGUGAUCUCUUACGUGGGCACUAUCACCCAGGUUCUGAAUGCUCAAGCCGGCCUCUAUGAACUGGAUAACAAAUUCACCCUGUGUCUUGCUUACCAGCAGCAGUUGAAUGCUGGCCGCGCGCUGCGACCAGGAGCGUGCGUGGAGCUCAGAGACGUCCACCUUCUGCAGAAGCCCCUGGCUGCCUUCCCGUUCGUCCUUGGCGCCUGCCUGCACACUACUCUCACGCUCAAGAGUUUUUCCAAGCAGAGCAUAUUACACCAGCCAGUAGCCUCUUCCGGGAAUCUUUACGUCCAGCUGCUCUUGCGUUACAACUUAACCUUGCCACAGUAUUUGUUUCUGGUCAGCUUGCUACAGACGUUGGAGCAGAGGUUCUGUUGUUUCGUUCGACGGCAAGAACUUUUGCUCUCCUCUGGUCGUGAUGCUACAGGGGCAGCUGAGAAAUUUAUGGUUCCUAUUCUGAACUCGUUGGUGCCACCUGGCAAACAGGCAAGAGACAUACAUCGGGAGAUCCUCGCAGAGAGGCACUGCUGUCCCUUACAGAAGUGCCACAUUCUGGAAACUCCGUGCCAGAUUCCAUCUUUCUCUUCGCUGUUUCCUGUCAUUGAAAAGAGAUGUCUGGAAAGUUUCAGCCCUUCGCAACAGAUGAGCUCCACCCCAGAGAUCCAGCACAUAGGCGCCCAGGAGUUGAAUCGUAAGCUCGCCUGGUCCUACUGCACGUUAUCGGCUGAGAGCUUUAACCCCCCAGUGGUGUUGCUUGGAGUACUGAGGUCCUCUCCCAGCAGAGGCUCCCUGCAGCUACAAGACAGCACAAAAGCACUUCCUUGUAUAAUAUUCCACAGGGACGAAAGUCCUUUUGUGGACACUUCUCUGAUAGGGUGUCUUCUGCAGAUAAAGAAGUUCCAGCUUGGGGUGGAGCAGUUUCUUCAAAGUGAUUUUCCGUCCUGGCAGGAGCUGAAGUCGGCGAAGUACAUAAAGGAGAAGAAAACAAGGCUUUGCGUGCAGUUCUGUGUGGAGGAUGUGACAGUUCUUCAUUCUCCUGACAAAGGAGCCCCUGAGCUUCCCAAUGUCCGCAAAGAGUUCUCUUCUGUGGCAAAGGACCCCAGGAGCUCCGUAGCUGAGCCAAGAUCCCCCGCAAACACAGAAGAGGAUAAAGCUGCACCUCACGCUCCCAGACCUUCUGAGAGCGUUGCUGGCGAUGCCGGGGGCAUGUCCCGUCUGUUUUUGGUGACCCAGAAAGAGGGUCUCAUGUGGCGUAACUAUCCACAAGGCAAAGAUGAUGCAGGACCGCAGCUCUGUUUUCAAGCCACAGUGUUAUGGAUGGGGAAAUCUGAGCAGUGCAAGGGAGAAGCCAAAGGCCAGAAGGAACUUGGUGCCUCUGCGCUUGGAGAACACAACAGAGCCCAGCCAAAAGUAUUGCUCAUCUUCCUGGGGAAAUCACUCCAAUGGUUCCCGUUCCUGCACCCGGGUGGACUGUACCAGCUUAUCAUUCCCCAGUGUCUGGACCUAGAAGUUUUUGACAAAUUGUGCCUCCCGGAAGGUUCUGGAAACCUCUCAAACAUGAGGAAUUGUUCCUCGUUCCUGCCUGUCCCAGAUACUGCCUACCUGCACCACGUGAGCUGGAUUUCCCAGAUGGUUUCGGAAGUGUCAGAGAUGGACAAGAACUUAUUCUCCAUCGCAGAGAUACUCAGCCCUAGUUUCACAGGAUCCCUGGUCUCAUUCUCUGGACUAAUAGCCAAAAGGACUUUAUGCGAAUCCCUUACUGGAAAAAAGCCAGCUGCAUCUUGGUCUACCAAGCAGAAGAAAGGAAAUCUCUUGCCCUGGGAUUACAGCGUGAAACUAAGCAUAUUGCCUGCUUGUGACUCCCCUGUCAGGCUGCAUGUGUACUUUGAGGCCACUUUUCUGCCAUACCUUUGGGGCAUGCUCCCUGGAGCCAAGGUUCUCCUCAGCAACUUGCAGCGCAAAAUUUCCAGGUUCAAAAAUGUCUAUUGCACAUACACAGCCUCCAGCUGCAUGUGUGUUUUGAGCCCCCCGCCUCCUGGAUCUCCUUCCGGGCCAUUUGAUGGCACCCCUCAACUCCCAGCAACGUACCUGUCCCAUAUGUGGCUUCGGGCCCCCGGUCUUUGCCAAAUGCAACUCACCUGUCACUUAACCUGUGUGCUGACUUUGUCCCUGCGCUGGACUUGCUCCCUCUGCGGCAGCAUCUUCCAAGAGGGAAGAUGCACCCAACAUAACCCACCUUGCUUGUCACAUACUGGAGUGAUUAAAGCUAGUGCCAGGAUUCUAGUGGAAGAUGGGACCGGUGAGGCGGCUGUGCUGUGUAGGAACCAGCAGGUGCGCGAAGUGCUGGCUCUGAGCCCCAAGGAGUGGGAUCUGGUGCAGGCCCACGUUCGGAGCAAAGGCUGUGUCAGCAUCCAGCAUAACGACGGCGGCAUCAGACCCGGGUGCAUGGAGGAGCCCAAAGACUUGCUGACAUGGUAUUUGAGAAGUCUGUGCAGAAGCCCCCUCGUCUGCCGGCCGCUGGUGUUAGCUGCCAGACUGGAUAGAAAGCCCUCAGAAGCAGGUUCAGGGCAGACGAGGAGGUUUUUUUCCAAUGAAGUAGAGUUCCUAUGCAAAAUGAAGACUCCACUGAACUUGAUAUGCCUGAGCAUUGGGGAAACCACCUGAGCUGUGGGGAACGAAAGGAAAAGCACUCUACCUUGUAUCGGACAGCCAGCGCCUUCUCUCUUGGCCUGCUUCAGAAGAGGACAUUUCUGUUGCUUCUGUGUGUCUUACAAAUGAUCCACUGCUGGAGUUUGUAUUGAGAACCGUUGUAUGGAGAUGAAUUGGGUCCAGAGGAAGAUGCCGUGUACCUAGAUCUCUCAGAAAUGGUUGUGUCUGGGUUGUACCACCUAAGAUAGUGGUGGCGAACCUUUGGCACUCCAGAUGUUAUGGACUACAAUUCCCAUCAGCCCCUGCCAGCAUGGCCAAUUGGAUUCUGGCAGGGGCUGAUGGGAAUUGUAGCCCAUAAUUGGCCAUGCUGGCAGGGGCUGAUGGGAAUUGCAGCCCAUAAUAUCUGGAGUGCCAAAGGUUCGCCACCACGGACCUAAGAAUAUAGGUGGAGUUGUAUAUGAUUGUGUGUUGUGUCACAACAAAACUCCAUUUGCGUAGAAAAUUAGUGGAGAAAAGGCUAGGCUAGCACACGUCAUCUGGUGCAAGCGAUUUUGCACAGAGGAGCAUCUAAGUAGUAAAGCCUCUACUUACAGUUCAAAGUAAUGCAAUCAAGAGAGGAGGACUGUUUUGUUCUCUGCUUACUGAAGUAUGCGACCGAUGCACUCAGGCUGUAAAAUAAAUUAUUUCUUUUUUCAUAUUAAAA